AUGCAUAGUAAUUAUAAUUAAGGUUUAAUAAUUGGAUUAUGUGGAAGAUUAGGGUAAAUAUAGAUUUAAUUUAGAUCUGGCAAAGAAGAAAUAGCAUAAAUCAUAAGUAAAAAUUCAGGAACAGAAUGUUAAGUAAUUUCAAUCACUGAAACUAUGAAUAUUAGAGAUUUUGUGAAUGAUGCUCUUAAAUAAAUGAAUGAAAAAUAAUUUAGUUUAGAUAUUAGUUGUUAUAAUAGUGAAUAAUUAGAGGAGUUGGAAAAAUUAUUAAAAUGUAUCAGAGAUAAACACUUUCAUCAUCAAUCAACAUAAAAAAAAUUAGAAGAUUGUUUAACUUAUAAUCCUAAACAUUAAAUAUUAUAUCCAAUAACAGAUAAAUUUGAAUUAGAAUUAUUAUAUUAAAGAAACUAUUUUCAUUUAAUAGCAAUAGAAGCUCCAAUAAUUAAGAGAUUUGAAAAUUUUAUGAAAAAAUAUUAAUUAAAUAUUCCACUAGAAUUAUUUUGUAUUAUAGAUGAUGUUAUUUCUGAAAAUAUAUCAGAAUUUAUGCAUAAAGCAAAAGUUUAAUUAGGUAAUGUUGGAGAUUAAAAAGAUUUAUUAAUUAGUUUUUAUAAGAAAUAUUAAGACAUUUUUAGACCUAUUAGACCUAAUUGGAAUUAAUAUUUUAUGCAUAUAGCUAAUGUUGUUAAAUAGAGAUCCAAUUGUAUGAAAAGAGCUGUUGGUGUUGUUAUUGUUAAAGCAAAUAGAAUUGUUGCUACUGGUUAUAAUGGUACUCCAUAUGGUAAAUAGAAUUGUUGGGAAAAAGGAUGUGAUAGAUGCAAUUAAAAUACUAAAUAAGGAGUUGAUUUAGAAAAAUGUUUUUGUUUUCAUGCUGAAGAAAGUGCUAUUUUAGAAAUUGGUACUAAAAAAUCAAAAAAUAUGGUUAUGUAUACUACUUUGUUUCCUUGUUUAUAAUGUACUAAGAUUAUUUUAUCUACAAAAAUUGAAAGAAUAUAUUAUGAAGAAGAUUAUGAUAAAAGUGCUGCAAAGAGUGAAUUACAUAAAUAUGUUAAAGUUGAAUAAAUUGAUUCUAGUCAUUAUGUAUAUUGAUUAUGAUAAAUUAAAAAAUUAGUGAUGCUAAAAUAAACAAAUUUCCUUAUUCAGGUCACAAAACUUAAUCGGAUACUAAUAUAGUUUUCUGCCAUUCUAUCGAUUAAAGUUCUAGAACUUAAUCAAAUAAAGAUAUUGACACAGAUAAAUUAAGUUAUGAGAAGAUGUUUUCUUCAAACGAUGUUGAUUUAGAAUUUGAAGAUUUUGAUACAAAACCAACAAAUUCCUAUUAAGUUGUAUCUCCUGGCUUAUCAAUUACAUCAUAUGAUUUAGAUUAAACUUAAAAAAGUUCAGAUAUUUAACCAUAUGGAAGUGUCUCAUAUAAUUAAAGAGAAAUUCCAUAAAUAGUACUUGCCUUUAGAAAAAGAAGACCUGCAUAAAUUUAACAUCCUUAAUUAACUUAAUUUAAUUAAGAAUCAUGGAAAACAUUGUCUAAUUUUUCAUCUCCAGAUUCAUCCCCUUUUCAAAAUAAAAAAAUAUAGAUAAAGUCAUUUAUGCUCUUACCUAUGAAUGAUGAUGAUGAAGAUGAAAUAUUUAGUGUUUUUAAUGAUUCAUUAAAUUAUUAUGGAUCUAUACCAUAAACUAAAAUUGAAUGUAUGAAUCAUUUAUAAUAAUUCUUGACUUUAUAUAAAAUGAGAACAGGAACAUUUCCAAAAUAAAGAGAACAUUUAGAAAAUGAAAUGAUAAUAUCUAUAGCAAUGAAUUUAGCUAAAAUAGAUAGACCAUUAUUUAAAUAAUAUUUUCCAACUAAAAAAGUAUAUUUUGAAGAUGAAAAUGACUAUACAAGAACAAAAGUUAUUAAGAGGAAAGAACAAAGAAAGUUUACAUAAGCAAUAACACCAAACUUUUAAUACAUUUAAAAUUGA